AUGUUUGUUUCGAAUAAAGUCUCAAUUGUUAUUUGGAUGCUUCUACUCACCGUCAUUCAAAGUGAUGCAUCAACGUAUUCGAAGUGUACUAAAAGGUUGGAGUUAUUAUUUAGGAGCUGUUUUACGAGAAGUUUAAUCGUGAAGCGUUGUUCAGGUCUUAAUGAAGCUGCCAUUUCAUCCUCUUACGAUAAUAUUGAGGAGUUAAAAAAACUUUGUGAUCGAUGUAUUGGCUGUGAACCUUUAUUCAUCAGUUGCUCACUAAAGAGACUUGAAAAACUUGAUCGUACAGAAUGUUCAGAGGCUAACGUGUAUGUGAAUACGUUUCGUAGGAAACUUUCAAUGAAGUAAAUCUUAAUCUGGAUGACUAUUUUCUAGGUGUAGAAUUCACCUGUGAUAUGUCCUAUUUUUCGUGUUGAUCAAGACGUGUGAAAAUAAAUUAUGAACUGAUUA